UAUUAGCUGAGCCUUAGCUACAUAUAACAGUAUAUCGGUCUCACAAACCCUAACAUUCACCCCUCCCUAUCUGUCUCCAUCUUCCUCUGAAGCCCUAACCAUGGCUUCACGCAGGCUUUUAUCUUCUCUUCUCCGAUCAACUUCUCGCCGAUCUCUCUCCAAAUCUACUCUAUCAAAUUCUCACCCUAAGCUCUCUGCAUCAUCCACGCGCCGCGCGUCACCUUACGGCUACCUUCUAAACCGCGCGGCUGAGUACGCAACCUCUGCAGCCGCCGCAUCGCCUUCUUCACAACCGCCUCCUGCCAAAUCGGAGGGAACGAAGGGGAAGAUCAUCGAUGAGUUUACCGGCAAGGGUUCGAUCGGGCAUGUGUGUCAGGUUAUUGGUGCCGUUGUGGAUGUGAAGUUCGACGAGGGUUUGCCUCCGAUUUUGACGGCGUUGGAGGUUCAGGGACACUCGAUCCGGUUGGUCCUUGAAGUGGCGCAGCAUUUGGGUGAGAGUGUUGUUAGGACUAUUGCUAUGGAUGGUACUGAAGGUUUGAUUAGAGGCCAGCCUGUGCUAAACACUGGGUCCCCAAUUACUGUGCCUGUGGGUAGGGCCACCCUUGGUCGUAUCAUCAAUGUCAUUGGAGAAGCCAUUGACGAGAAGGGGGAUCUCAAGACAGAGCACUACUUGCCUAUUCAUAGGGAGGCUCCUGCUUUUGUUGAGCAAGCAACUGAGCAACAGAUCCUUGUUACCGGUAUUAAGGUUGUCGAUCUCCUUGCACCAUACCAAAGAGGAGGAAAGAUUGGACUGUUUGGUGGUGCUGGUGUUGGAAAAACUGUGCUUAUUAUGGAACUUAUCAACAAUGUUGCAAAAGCUCAUGGUGGUUUCUCUGUCUUUGCUGGUGUUGGAGAACGUACCCGUGAGGGAAAUGACUUGUACAGAGAAAUGAUUGAAAGUGGUGUCAUUAAGCUAGGGGAUCAGCAGUCUGAGAGCAAAUGUGCUCUUGUGUAUGGUCAAAUGAACGAGCCCCCUGGUGCUCGUGCUCGUGUUGGCCUCACUGGGCUUACUGUGGCUGAGCACUUCCGUGAUGCUGAAGGGCAAGAUGUGCUUCUCUUCAUUGACAACAUUUUCCGCUUUACCCAGGCUAACUCAGAGGUGUCUGCAUUGCUUGGUCGUAUCCCAUCUGCUGUCGGUUAUCAGCCAACCUUGGCUACAGAUCUUGGAGGUCUUCAAGAGCGGAUUACAACAACUAAGAAAGGUUCUAUUACUUCUGUCCAAGCUAUUUAUGUGCCUGCUGAUGAUUUGACAGAUCCAGCUCCUGCCACAACCUUUGCUCACUUGGAUGCCACAACUGUGCUGUCACGACAGAUUUCUGAGCUUGGUAUCUAUCCUGCUGUGGAUCCCCUUGAUUCUACAUCUCGUAUGCUCUCACCUCAUAUUUUGGGCGAGGACCACUAUAACACUGCUCGUGGUGUGCAGAAGGUUCUUCAGAACUAUAAGAAUUUGCAAGAUAUUAUUGCCAUUUUGGGAAUGGAUGAGCUCAGUGAAGAUGAUAAGCUGACAGUUGCCCGUGCUCGUAAAAUUCAGAGGUUCUUGAGCCAGCCCUUCCAUGUUGCAGAAGUUUUCACUGGUGCUCCUGGAAAGUACGUCGAGUUGAAGGAGGGUGUAGAAAGCUUCCAGGGUGUGUUGGACGGGAAAUACGAUGACCUUCCAGAGCAGUCAUUUUACAUGGUUGGCGGUAUUGAGGAGGUUAUUGCCAAGGCUGAAAAGAUUUCCAAGGAAUCUGCUACUGCUUAAACAGACCAACUUUUUUCUUCUUUUCUUCCCUUAAACUGAUAAUUGCAAAAAUCAAUAAUUAAGGUGGUGCUGGUGAUGCUAGCAACAAGAUGUUCAUUUUUUGAGAUCAAAUUUGUCAGGAUUUGCAAUUUCUGUUUUAAUGUUGUUGCAGAGCGUGAAAGAGGAAUAGAGCUGAGACCUGUCCAGCCAAGCCCCCCUUUCUCCGUGUUGCUUGAAUGAGGGGGCAGCAGAGGGAGGUGGGCUUGUAUAUUUUUCCUUUAUCAACUGUCAAUUAUCUCUUGAGAAUCUUUCUGACAGCGUUUACGGAUAAUCCUGUUUUGAAUAUUGCAAAACUGGUUCAAUUGAACGCACGUAUUUCUACU